AUGGCACCACCAUCAGCGAUACUUAAGAAAAAAGCCUCAUCGAAAAAUCCACCUGUUUUUAGUCAAGAAUUUAUAAUUCAAAAUCAUGGUGAUAUUGCAUGUUGUAUUUUAAUGGUUCUAACAGUUGGUACACUAUUUCAUGCAACAUCAUCUUAUAGUGGGGUAUUUUUUGGUCCUCGCCAUAAUGUUACAAACUUUGAUUCAUAUAAUACAAUACCAUCUCCACUUUUUAAUUAUGGUUAUAAAGAUUUAUUGAUGCUUUUUUCUUAUAUUCUUGUAUGUAUAACGCUUCAUGCUGUUUGGCAAGAAUAUGUCUUAGAUAAAUUAAAUAAAAAAUUGCAUUUAUCAAAAUCUAAAAAUGCAAAAUUUUUUGAAUCAGGUCAACUUAUUUUAUUCUACGUUAUAAGUAUUUUAUGGGCAUGCAUAAUAUUUAAAGAUGAAGCUUAUUUUCAAUCUGGUUUAAAAGAUCUUUGGCAUGAUUAUCCUUAUGUCGGCAUGACAAUAUGGACAAAAUUUUUUUUUAUUAUACAAAUUUCUUAUUGGUUACAUAAUUUUCCUGAAUUAUAUUUACAAAAAGUUCGAAAAGAAGAUAUACCAUCUCGUAUUAUUUAUACAAGUUUAUAUUUAAUAACAAUUCUUUACGGUUAUUUCACACGUUUUUGGCAUAUAACAUUAGUUUUAUUAACAAUACAUUAUUUUAUUGAAAUUUUUUAUCAUUUAUCACGUUUAGCUUAUUUUUAUGCUGCAACUAAAACACAUUCAGCAAAGGCUAAAACAAUUGCAAAAACGUUAUUUAAAAUAUGGAAUUGCGUUUUUAUAGUUGGUCGUUUAACAUCAAUAGUUUUAACAUGGAUAACAUUUUGGUUUGGUUUAAAAAAUUCAUCUGUUGAUAACAUAUCAUAUACAUCAAUGUCUCCUACAGAUUCAAUUGAUGCAUCAAAUGAAUCAAUUAUGGUUCUUAAUUUUAAUACACCAACUAUACGUUUAUUUACACUUGUUACAAUUGGUGCUUUACAAUUUUGGUUGGUUUGGAAUUUUAUUCAGUUCCAGAUGAGACGUCGACAUGGACAACGUAGUGAACAAUCAACAACGACAACUUUAACAAAAGUUUCAAAUAAACUUAAACAAAAACAGCAAGACUUAAAAAAUGGUAAAUCAGACAAUGAUGAAACAGAUGAACAUCCUGUUAUAACUGCUAAUGGAUAUGAUAGUAAAAAAAGCAACUAA